UCUUCUCCACCUUUCUCUGAGUCUGAGGCCCCUCCAUUUCUGCUCAACUUUCUUAGCUAACCUCCAUUCCUGCUCAACUUUCUUUGUUUUCUUCGUUUCCGGUUUCACAGCACCCUUAGCUUCUCUACCUUCUCUUAAGCCAUGGAUUCUAGCUCUCCUUUUGACUGCCUUAUCUUCGAUUUGGAUGACACUCUAUACUCUUCCAAGAUUGGACUUGCCGAAUCUCUCAGGAAAAAUAUUGACGAUUAUCUUGUUGAGAAAUGCGGAUUCCCAGAGAACAAGGCCUCAAAUCUCCGAUAUGAGCUUUUCAAAACAUACGGCAGCUCCCUUGCUGGCUUGCGGGUUUUGGGGUAUGACAUUGACUCCGAUGAUUACCAUGGUUUUGUACACGGAAGAUUGCCAUAUGAUUUGAUCAAACCGGAUUCUCAGUUGCAAAACCUCCUACGUAACAUUACUCAACGAAAAAUCAUUUUCACGAACUCGGAUAGGAAUCACGCGGUUAAGGUCUUGGACCGGCUCGGAUUAAAAGACUGCUUUGAGCAAAUCAUAUGCUUCGAGACAAUGAACCCGAACCUCUUUAAGUCGACCCGGCCCGACGAGUUCCCUGUGCUUCUCAAGCCAUCUAUUGACGCCAUGAAGAUCGCGCUGGAUGUUGCCGAUGUUGAUCCCCGUCGAACGUUGUUUCUCGACGACAACGUUCGCAACGUCGCUGCCGGGAAAGCCUUGGGUCUCCAAACCGUUCUGGUCGGAAAGACCGUGAAAAGCAAAGAAGCCGAUUAUGCAGUUGAGAAUGUCAAAGACCUGGCACAUGCAAUUCCUGAGAUUUGGGUAAGCGGAAUGGAUGGUGGUGAUGAAAGGAUCAGCCGUACGAAAAGCGAAAUGGAUUCCAUUCUUGCAAUCACUGCCGUUGGUGCUUAAUUGAUUCACGGUCAAGACCUUGUUCAAGUGUUGGGUUGGAUCCUGUUGUCCACAACUAUAUAUUGUAAUCAUGUGUAGAUAUAUACAUGUAUGUAUGUAUGUAUGUACAUGUAAAUGCGCAUUAGUGUUCAUAAUAUAUGCAAAUGGGUUGUCCAUAUAA